GGUUUCUUCAAUCUACUUUAUGUACAUCCAAAUAGCACCACCAUGUGAUAUAAUGGAAGAAAAAGGAAAAUGAAAAUGAUUUGGAAACAACCCAUCUUAAUUGGAUUAUAACUUAUUGUCUUUAAAUUCUUUUAUUUUGUGGCCUAUAAUGGCAUUCUUUGGCCAAAUCUUGCUCUCUACUUAACCAAUCUUAUUGUGCUUCUGUUUCAAGUGUGUGAAAAACAAACAACACAAAAGGGAUCUUUUUGUUGUUAAGCAUUUUGUGUUUUGUGGCCAUGGCAGCUGCUCGUAGAGGAAUCUCUUCUUUACUCUCUCGUUCUAUCUUAGCUUCUUCUUCUUCUUCUUCUUCUUCUUCUUCUUCUACUGUUAAUGGGUUUGGUUCUCUUCUUCAUUCUCAUGGAAGAGUUUCAAGGUUCCUUGGAAGAGGAAAUGGAUUUGGCACAUCUGCUUUGGCAGAGGAAGAACUUAUCACUCCUCCUGUUCAGAUAAAUUACACUCAAAAUCUGAUCAAUGGCCAGUUUGUUGAUUCUGCAUCCGGAAAAACGUUUCCAACUUACGAUCCUCGCACUGGGGAAGUGAUUGCUCAUGUUGCCGAGGGUGAUGCUGAGGAUAUCAACCGUGCAGUAUCAGCUGCACGAAAGGCUUUCGACGAGGGGCCAUGGCCAAGAAUGUCUGCUUAUGAACGAUCAAGGAUAUUGUUACGGUUUGCAGAUUUGAUUGAGAAACAUGCUCCUGAACUUUCAGCAUUGGAAACAUGGAACAAUGGGAAACCUUACGAACAAUCGCUUAAAUCUGAAUUACCGUUACUCGUACGCUUGUUUCACUAUUAUGCAGGCUGGGCCGACAAAAUCCAUGGAUUAACAGUUCCAGCUGAUGGAAAUCAUCAUGUUCAAGUAUUGCAUGAACCAAUUGGAGUUGCAGGACAAAUAAUUCCAUGGAACUUUCCUCUUAUUAUGUUUGCUUGGAAAGUUGGUCCUGCUUUAGCUUGUGGCAACACCAUUGUCCUAAAAACUGCAGAGCAAACACCUCUGACUGCUCUUUAUGUGGCUAAGUUAUUACAUGAGGCAGGUCUUCCUCCAGGGGUUCUGAAUGUCGUUUCAGGCUAUGGUCCGACCGCAGGUGCUGCUCUUGCUAGCCAUAUGGAUGUGGACAAGCUAGCUUUCACAGGAUCGACAAGCACAGGAAAAGUUGUGCUUGAAUUGGCAGCAAAGAGCAAUUUGAAGCCAGUGACACUAGAGCUUGGAGGGAAAUCACCUUUCAUUGUUUGUGAGGAUGCAGAUGUUGAUAAGGCUGUGGAGCUUGCUCAUUUUGCUCUUUUUUUCAAUCAGGGGCAAUGUUGUUGUGCUGGGUCUCGUACCUUUGUGCACGAGCGCGUAUACGAAGAAUUUGUCGAAAAGUCGAAGGCACGUGCCCAAAGACGUGUUGUUGGUGACCCUUUCAAGAAGGGCGUUGAACAGGGUCCUCAGAUUGACUUGGAGCAAUUCGAAAAAGUCCUAAGAUAUAUCAAAUCUGGCAUUGAAAGCAACGCUACUUUGGAAUGUGGGGGUGGUAGACUUGGGUCCAAGGGAUACUUCAUCGAGCCAACAGUUUUCUCAAAUGUUAAGGACGAUAUGUUGAUAGCAAAGGAUGAAAUCUUUGGUCCAGUACAAUCCAUCUUGAAAUUCAAGGACAUUGAUGAAGUAAUUCAUAGGGCAAACUCAACUCGUUACGGUCUAGCAUCAGGAGUUUUCACUUCGAACAUCGACACAGCCAACACACUAACACGAGGGUUGAGAACGGGGACCGUGUGGGUCAAUUGCUUCGACAUAUUCGAUGCCGCGAUACCAUUUGGCGGGUAUAAGAUGAGUGGAAUAGGAAGGGAGAAGGGAAUUUACAGCCUCCAAAACUACUUACAAGUGAAGGCUGUUGUUACACCUCUCAAGAAUCCAGCAUGGUUGUGAGAAUCUCACCAAUGCAGGUGAAGUACAAAAAUGUUUUACUUUGCAAAAUCACUUUCUUUUUUCUUUUUCUUUUCUUUUCUUUUUCUCAAGAAUAAAACAGGACCUUGCUUCUGUUGUUGUAGAAAAGUUGAAACCUUUAUAAUAAUGUCUACCUCUUAAUAUGUGA